AUGGAACUUCAAAAGACUUUAUGUUUGCUAUUGAACGUGAUUGUCUUCACGUGUGCACGAGAGCCUUCUAGCCCGAUUUGCUCGAGAUAUGACUAUGAGGAGCGUUUACUAGAAAGAGUCCUUCGAAACGAAUUGGCUCUAGAAACCACUCUGAAUGAAAUACUGAAAACAAACGGAAAAGUGGGGGAUGCACUUAAAGAUUUAGAAGAUGGAAAAGCAAAAGUGGAGUCUACGUUGGCAGUUAUUGAACAGAAACAACUCGAUAUGGAAUCUAAACUAAGUGAUUUUAUUAACAAUGCUUCCAACAAUAUGAACUCAACAUUGGCUUCAAAUGUUGACGAAGUGGUUAAAGCUGCUUCAGACAUCAAAGCCAAUGCAACUGUGACGGUGCAGCAACUCGUAAAACAAGUUCAAAUCCUCAAAGAUCAGUUAAAAGUACCUACAAUUUACUUUCGUGCGCGCCUUUCGGCUAGCAUAACAGACCUACCGAGUGGCAAGGAUUUAGUCUUCCCGACGGUGGAGGUCAACGAAGGUGAAGGUUAUGAUCCUUCAAAUGGAAUAUUCACAGCCUCCAUCCCUGGAAUGUAUCUGUUCAGUGUUCAGUACUGUGCUUAUAGUCAGAAAUAUGUUUACCUUGAAAUCGUCAACCAAGGCAAGACAUUACAGAGGUCAUCUAACAGUGGUAGAAGUGAAGAUUGGCCAUGUAUGACUAUGCAGGCAUCCACAGUGGUUGCAAAGGGACACCAGGUCUGGGUGCGCACCACAUCUACGAGCACGUUGUAUGAUUCUUCUGUAAGAUAUACUUCAUUUUCUGGCACAUUGAUCCACGUAUAA